CAUGAAGAAGCAAAAGAGGUUGACGCGACAAAGAAAAAAGCAAAAGAAGCAAUUAGUGGACCCUUUUGUGGAUUUAUGCUUGGAGCAACUGCCUUGGAUGCAAAUGAUGAGAUUUUUCCGAUGGCUUUUGGGAUUGUAAAGCGAGGGUUGGGUUUGGUUACCAGUCAGGAACUAAGAGGAGUUAUGACAAAGGCCCAGGAGUCUAGGAUAGUGACUAGAAAACCAAGGCAUGGCCAGAGGUUCUAA